UCAGGAUGAGAGGGAGAGAGCACGUUGCCUGACUUAGGACUGCAGAGUCUAUGUUGGGACUGGGCUGAUGAGGCAACCUAAGUGGCCAGUAGGAGAAAUGGAGGGAGGGGCAAGGCUGGAGGUGGAAUCGGUUUGGGGAACUUAGCUUGAACCAGGUUCCACUAAAUGCAAAGAAGAAGAGUGGAGUCCAGCGUUAGAAGAUGGUUUAACUACCAAGUGCAAAUUUAAAACCACUGAAAAACUGAAGAGGACUUUACCCAUGGCUGGACUUUUUAGGAUGUGGGUGCCAUGCAACAGUUUUGACACUCACGUGUGAUCCCAUACUGAAGGGCUACCAAUGGCCACUGCAAAUGACGACCCACACCUGGGCUCUGGCCCAUCAGAAGACUCUGAGCUCCUCUUGGAUGAUUCUGACGCUGGCAGUGUUCUCUCUGAUGACUCAGUACUUCCUGAAUAUGAAAGAGCCCCGAAAGAUAAAGAACCAUGCAAAACACUGUACGAGGCCUGUGCAAGGAAUGAAGCCGCAUCCCUGCGCAGCAUCCUGGAGAGAGGAGUCACAAAAGAUGAAGCUAUGGAAGUGGACAUUAAUGGCAGGACUGGACUGAUGGUGGCUGUGGCCAAGGGUUUUGUAGACAUUGUCACUAUGCUGUACAAAUGUCCAUUUAUAGACAUCAACCACCAAGACAACGAUGGCAACACGGCCCUCAUGAUUGCUGCUCAGGCUGGCUUCAUCAACAUCCUUAACUAUAUCCUUAACUACUAUUCUGGCGUGGACCCAGAGGUCAGGGACCCCCGCGGCUUUACUGCCCUCAUCAAGGCCGGCCUGCAGGGUCGAGAGGACUGUGUGUCAGCGCUGCUAAUGCAUGGUGCAGAUAUGCAUGCAAUGGAUCUAGUACAAGGGAGAGGUCUUAAGGACUGGGUCCUUAGAACGGGAAGGUUUGAGACUCUGAACAGAAUACGCCGUCUGCAGGCUCAUCCUAUUGCUGAGCAGUUUUGUGAAAGCUACAAGCCUGAGUGGCCUGAGCUGAAGCACCUGGUAGAAAGAGCCUCUGCUCCGAAGUCAGCCAGUCAGAAGUUGAGGCAGCGCUUAAAAGAAAGCCUUACUUUCAAAUUCCCACAAGACCCCCAAGACAACGGAGUUAUGGACCAUAUGGUGCGAAUAACCACAAGUAUUCACAGCCCGCUGAUAGCGACUGCUUCACACCCACUCUGCCCCACCAGCCCCCCCGAAAUUGGCAAGCGACGGUUUGCUGUACCUGAACUGCUUCAAAAGCACAGCAGCAAGGAGCUGGAGGAGACCACAGUGUCCCACUUUAACGGGACCAUCACCUCAGCAUCUCCCACAGCUUUGUCAGCCACCUCAGUAUCUCUGACCUCUUGCUGCAACGACCCAGAGCGCAGAGAAAGCGUGCCAUCAGGUGGCGUGAGAAGCUUCAUGCCCCGCAGCAUGGCCCACAGGAACAGCAUCUUCCCAUCAGGCUGCAUCCCUAAGAUUGAAGUUACAAAAUCUGGGGAACCCACACCAAAGAAAGAGAAAAAGAAGAAAAGGCAAAAAGGCUACCUGGAGCCUCCUGUCUGGAAGUAUAAGGAGGCCAAAGAGGAGAAAAAGAAAGAGAAGAAAAGGUUGGAAACGGAAAAGGAGCAAGAUAAAAAAUCUAAGGGGUCCAAAAAGUCGUCAAGCAAAGACUGAGUCAGAUUGCUCUUUGCCUCAGAAAGUUUCACUGUGAUAAUGCCACGCAUUAAAGAUGUGACUGCUGUGGCUGUAAAGGUACUUGGAGUAAGAGACAAAGGAAUGUGUAACUCAAAAAAAGUCAUGAAUGAGAUUUAAACUUUGACUUGGUAUAAAACUGAGAUAACUGGAAUAACUUGCAUUAGCUAGUUCUGAUCUGUUUAUGUACCACUUAGUCUGGACAUGAUGUUAACCAAAUAUACUUUGACAGUUUCAUAUCUCAAGCCUGGUGGAUCAAAAUGUUUUAUGGAGUUGCAGUACUGAUUGCAGAUGCCUGCAACAACUUUUUAUUUUUUAAACCCUGUAUUUUUGUGAGGAUUUUACCAACCUGUGUUUUGUGAAUAACUUAAAGUAGCGUGCCAUCAUGGUAUUUAACUUGAAGAUAACCAAAUAGCCAAUAGCCAAUACUGUAUAUAUGUUGUAUUUGAUCAAAUGCCUUCAGAACAUUCACUCAUGUCAGAGUUGUUCUAAAACUAUGUGACAUUAACAAGACAAAGAGGCUAAACUUAUUCAAACUACAAGCUUUUGUCUACACUCAAUCUUCAAAGGUAUUGUUGGCUUUUUUUUUUACAUGGCCCAGCUUUUAAAUAUUUGAAGCCCAUUUUUCCUUACAUAAUUUAGUAUUCCCCCAAUGCAACACAUAGCAUCUAGCAGAUGCCCUCACAUCUUUCUGCUGUGUCACACAAAAGAUAUUUGCAAAAUACUGGGAAAAGAAACUGAGCCAUAUCUCUGCAAGAUGUUGUCUUGUGCUUAAAAAAAGCUUUUCACUGCUCUACACACACGAGUCCUCAACCUGCCACUGCUUUAUGUGCUUUGUUUUGGUUUUGGACCUGUUCUUGGAGACCAUAAUUCUUGCUUUAUAUUUUAUAUACAUAGAAACCAUAAAAGACCUCACAUCUGCAGAGCUACUUUUGAGAGAAGCUAUUUAUACAUAAAGUUACUCAGGGAAAUUGAAUGAUGGGCAUUUUAGUAUCAGGGCAAUAAACAUCUAGUAUCUAUCAGGAUAAAAUCUCUUAAAAUCAAGCUUGCACAGGUACAUUUGUAAGAACAUUUUAUUUGGAGAUCAAUUUACUACCCAUAAAGACUAGUAAUAAUGAUACAUGCAUCAGACAGCAAUACAUACAUCAGUGAUGACCAAAUAUAUUUAAUUGUGUUCUCUAAAAGUAUUUAUAUGUACUUAGAUGCUGUUCUCAUUAAAUAAAAAAAAAACAUGUGGUCAUUUUAAAGAGGAAGCAAAAGACUUGCAGAUGAUCUUAGUUUCAGGUCAUCUGCAUUUUUAUCAAGUGUGAGAGAAAUGAAAAUCAUGUUCUUACG